UUUUGCUGUUUAUUAAAAUUCCUUGGGUCAGUGGACAACCUUAAUUCCACCUUUUAAAAAGUUGUAAGGUUAGAAAUAGGUGAAGGAGAACCAUAUUUAUAUAAUCUUAUUCAAAACAAGACAGGUAUACAGUAACUGACUGUAAAAAAGGAGACACCAGAAUUAUUCGCUCUGUAGUUGUCCAGUGAUAUGCUAACUCCUUUUGAAUGUUUUUAAUUGCCAUAAAUAUAUAUUUGUGUAGAAUUCUAAGUAAUUUACACUAUUUUACAUAUAUGUUGGUAACACUGCUUUGAUUCAUGUGGGUCCUCACGCCCCAGCUGAAUACAGUGUAUUUUUGUGCUAAGAGUAUCCCCAAGUUAUGCAGGAUAAGCAAUGAGAUGCUUGCUGGUCUAUCUUUUCCCUUGCCUUUCCCACUGAGUAAAGUUGAGCAGAUUGUAUCAUUUGAGCAAAUUAAAUGAAAGAAAGCAUAACAAAGAUACACCCAUGUGAACUUAAAAAAAAAUUGAACAAUUAACCAGCAUAGACCAAUAUAACCAUAAAUUGUAUUGCAAACACUCCUGUUCAUAACACAUGAAUGAUUAUUGCACUGUACAGUGCAUCUUUGGACAAAAGACAAAGAAUACCUAAUUUGAAUUGCAGUUAAAUAUAUAAAUCUGGAAACAAUUCAGAAAGGCUUAUACUUUUUUCUAUGCACCAUUUAUACUAUUAUUCAAAAGUGGGAAUUUAAAGUCAGCGAUUUCACUGACUAAUAAAACCCAUGGAACUGGUUAUUCAUUUUUUUAGGCUACAAUACUAUGAAUGUUCCAUAAAUAUAUCUAAAAAGAUAGUGUCUUGCACUACAGCUCAUAUAUUAGGAAUUGUAAGCUUCACAAUAUUAAAGGAAAGGGCAAGCUUUAUGUUGUAUAAAAUAAAACUAGCAAUGUUACUUAAAUAUAAAUUAGCAUUUUUUUUAAAAAAAAUGCAGGAACUAUGGUAGAUUAAUUCAAAUGUAAAACAGUAAUAUUAAAUGAACUAUACUAAACUACUGCACUAAUGAAAAAGCUAUGCCAGCUUCAGGUUGUUAAGGAACAAUUGUCUCUUGGUAACAUCACAGAGACUCUAGUAGGGUAAUAAUGAAGUGUUGCUAGGAGAGCGGUAGCAUAUAUGGUGUGGUAUGUUGUGAAGAUUAGUGUGACAGCUUUUUCUCUUCAGCUAAUCAUGACUUUUAUUACACGGAGAUACCUACAAAAGCAAAAGGAGUUCAUCCUUGAUGGUGUGGCGGUGGACAGCAUUGGUAGCAGUUAUGCCCAUAUCCUGCCCAAGCUAUGGUCUGCAUUGCCACCUUAUAAUGCUCAGUUAGAUAUCCACGCUGCUAGCUAUUUCUCAUCUCCAGUGGUCAAAUCAUUGCUAAAAAGGACGGAGCAGACUCGUGGUGGGACCUCUAGGGAUGGGUGGAUAGUGGACUAUUUCCAUAUCUAUGGGCCAGGCCAGAGGUAUUUGAACAGGAGAAACUGGGCAGGAGCAGGUCACUCUCCAGAGCAAGUAGCUGGUCACCAUUUAUACUUGAUGGGUACAAAGCCAGCAACAGGUUGGAACGGCCGAUAUGGUUAUCGCCGCAACACUCCUGAUCUUCGCACACGCUCUUCUUGCUUUGGUGAAGUAACAUGGUUCCCCAUCCAUUGAAGAACAUCAGAUUAUAUCAACUGUCUCUUCUUCUAACUUAAAUGCUAUUCAUAUGUUUUCUUUGUUCUUGAUUUUUC